CUCUACUUGCGUUGCGGUCACACUGGCUGUUCCAGCCGAAAUUCUUAAAAAUAUUUAAGUUUCGAGUUAUUUUUAAGCCCUAAAUAGUGUUUAUCCAUCGGAAGCGAUUGUAAAUUCCAUUCGCAUUGUGUGUAAGUUGGAAAUUCGAACGGUGUUUGCAACAUGAAGAUCAAGGAACUGCAGAAGACGGUGAACAUCGCCUGGUCGCCGGCACAGCAGCAGCAAAUACUCUUGGCCGCCGGCACCGCCGCCCAGCAAUUUGAUUCCAAUGCGAGCUCCACCCUGGAGGUGUACUCGCCGAACUUCAGCGAUGCCACCUACGACCUGGAGCUGAAGGCCAGCGUGGCCAGCCAGUACAAGUUUCAAAAACUUAUCUGGAGCCCAGUGGGGCCACAUCCCAGUGGUUUGAUUGUCGGUGGCUGCGAGGCGGGGCAAAUCAGCAUAUACUCAGCCGCUAAGCUGCUCGCUGGCAAUGAGGAGCCACUAUUGGCGCGCCAGGACAAGCAUACUGGCGCUGUCAGUGGGCUGGACUUUAAUCCCUUCCAGACAAACCUGCUUGCCUCGUGCGCCUCCGAGUCGGAGAUCUACAUCUGGGACCUCAACAACCCGGCCACCCACAUGAAUCCCGGCGCCAAGACCCAGCCGGCGGAGGACGUUAAGAACGUGGCAUGGAACCGGCAGGUACAGCACAUCCUGGCCUCCGUUUUUAGCUCACGUUGCGUGAUCUGGGAUCUGCGCAAGAGCCAGCAGAUCAUAAAGCUCUCUGACUCGCAGUCCCGCGUGCGAUGGCACGCUAUCGAGUGGCAUCCGGAGGCGGCAACGCAGGUCUGGCUGGCUUCCGAGGACGAUCAGGCGCCGGUCGUGCAGCUGUGGGAUCUGCGAUAUGCCACGGCUCCCGCGAAAACAUAUCAGAUCCACGAGCGAGGAGUGCUGGGUAUGUCGUGGUGCCAGCAGGACAAUGACUUAAUGGUAUCAUGCGGCAAAGAUAACCGGAUUUACUGCUGGAAUCCAAACACUAAGAUACCCGAGGGCGAAAUCCUCUCGGAGGUGGCCACCACUGCUUCUUGGUACUCCGACGUGCAGUUCUGUCCACGCAAUCCUGCGCUCGUUGCCAGCGCCAGCUUGGAGGGAGCUGUGUCCAUAUACUCUCUGCAUGGCGGCACUCAUCAGCUGGUGCAGACCUCCAACAAGAUUGCUGACUCAUUCCCGGGCAUGGAUCAGUUCGCGCAGGACCCAAUACCCCAGCAGACGACGCAAGUGGUCUAUCACGACCUGUCGGUCGCUCCUAAGUGGAUGAAGCGCCCUUGUGGCGUUGCCUUUGGGUUUGGUGGCAAGCUAGUCAGCUUUGAUGGCACCUCCAGGAAGGUAAAGGUGCAGCAGCUGACCACGGAGGCAGCUCUAGUGGAGCGUGCCAAUGCGCUGGAGCGCUCACUGGCCGAUGCCAACUACUCGGAAUACUGCCGGCAAAGAGCCGAUGAGACUGCGGAUCAGCAUGGUCGCUACAUUUGGUACUUUAUCAAGGCGAACUUUGAGCUGAACCCCAAGGAGGAAAUGCUCAACCUCUUGGGCUAUAAUAAAGACGACAUCGAUAGCAAGUUCAACAAGUUUAUCAGGGAAACUGAGACAAACUCGCAAUCGGAUGUGGAUACUCUGACGACCCGCAUCUCAACACUGACCCAUCAAACGCAGGAUGGAAACGCCAUUAUCGAUUCCCAAAAUCACAACGACUUUGCCACGCCUCCGAGGCCCCAAUUUAAGAUUCCCAGUGGUGAUCACUCUGACAGCUUGAUCGCUGAGGCCAUACUUACUGGCAAUGUGGAGGCUGCCGUUGAGCUAUGUCUGGAGGCGCAACGCAUACCGGAAGCUUUGAUCAUCGCUUCGACAGCUGGCAUCGAGACUCUAACUCGCACCCAAACGCGCUACUUGCUGCAGCAGAAGAGCGAGCUCUCGCACGUGAUUUCCGCUCUGGUGUCUCGUGACUGGCUGGACUUUGUCAAUCGCUGCACUGUGGACUCAUGGAAGGAGGCUCUGGUGGCCGCUUUGAAGCACAGUGAGCGCAAGGUGGUAGACAUCUGUGAGCGACUGGGCGAUCGUCUGCUGAGCGAAUGUGCUUCUAGCGUUGAGUAUACACGCAAUGCCAUGCUCUGUUACAUUUGUGCCGGCAGUAUCGACAAGCUGGUAACCGCCUGGUACCAGCUGAAGCGCCUGGAGCAGCAGAACGCCGGCUACAAGCCCAACACCACCGAGCUGCAGGACUUAGCCGAGGUAGUAAUGCUUAUGUGCAAGUCGCUAGAGCAGCAAGGCAUUGCCGUAGACCUGGCAGGUCGUUUUGCCAGCUUCCUAACGGAGUACGGUGGCCUGUUGGCUUCGCAGGGAGCCCUCACAGCCGCCCUGCAGUACAUCACCACACUGGGUGGCGGAGCUGCGAGCGAGAACGAUGUCCUGCAGAACUUACGGGAUCGCAUCAACAAUGCCGUCAACCUCGAUUACGUCCAGCCCAAGCCAGCUGUAGCAGCCCAACUUGGCUAUCAGCAGCAAAGGGGCCGAGGAUCAUUCUCUCAGCCGCAACCAUCGGGAAUGCCCCUGCCUUAUGGACAGCCGACCACCAAUCAGUAUGCUCAGCCGGGCUGGCCGACACCAGCGCCUCAGGUGCCAAACACCUAUCCGGGUGCCCAGCCACAGCCGCAGAUAUUCAAUCCGCAACCCGUGAAGCCAGAACUAAUGGCGCACCCACCGCGACCGCUGAGUAAUGCCAGUUCCUCUGGUGGCCCACCGCCAGCAGCAGCAGGAGCACCACCGCCGUCUGGCGGAACUGGACUUCAUGCUCGGUCCAAAUAUGUGCUGGAUCCCUCUGUGGCAGCGCCCACCAGCUCCUACGGUAUGCCAUACAAUCCCGUUCCAGCACCCGUUCCAUCGGCUGUCCCCUUCAGCGGCGGUGCAGCACCUGGACCCGUUCCCCAGCCGGCUAGCGUACCAACCUACAACAGUAACUCAUUCAAUCCGAAUCCGAUAGCAUCGGCCCAGGCCUACAACCCGUCGCCAUUUAUGAGUGCGGCUCCGCAGAAUUCGUUUCUGCCCGGAGUGAAUCCGAUUGAAACGAUGCAGCCACAAGCAGCGCCAGCCCCGAUCAUCCAGAAUGUGCAGCGCAAUCCCACGCCACCGCCAGGCUGGAAUGAUCCGCCAGCCCUUAAAUCUUCGCGCACACCCAAGCCGAAACCAGUGGCUGAGCCAAGUGCGGCACCUAUCUUCCAUCCCCUGUUCCCUGGCGAUCCCAAUCAAAAUCAAAAUGGAUAUGUGGAUCCUGCUCAAUAUCAGAAUGCGCCACCAUCAGGAGGAGUGCCCAAUGCUUACUACAAUCCGGCUGCCUUCAACAACAACCUUCCCCAGCAGCAGCAAUCGUACCUCCAGCCCCAGCAACAACUCAACUUGCAGGCAGGUAUUCCUCAGCAGCAGCAGAACUGGCAGGGUCAGCAGCAGACCAUUGGGUACACUGAGCAGCCAGCUCCCAUUCAGCAGCAGCAACGCCAGCCGGAGCCGCCCAAGGAGAAGCCUCCGUUACCCGAGGAAUAUAUUUAUUUGCAGACGGUCCUGGAGGAGCUAAAGAAUCGCUGCCUGAGCGCAACAAAUGAUCCGCGCACAAAACGCAAGUUUGUGGAUGUUGUCAAACGACUGGAAAAUCUCUACGACUGCUUGAGGGAUGGCAAGCUUACUCCCACAACGGUGCAAUAUCUAAAUCAGAUAGUUCAGUACAUCCAAAUAGCAGACUAUGCCAAUGCCAUGGAGAUCCACACCCGGAUUGCCUUCGGCACGGACUUUGCGCAGUGUGCGGGCUUCAUGCAGGGCCUGAAGGUACUUCUGCAAUCCGCUGCCGAGCUGCAGUUGGUCCUGCGCUAGGACCUCUAGCUCUAGCCCGUUUAUAUACUUAUAUUGUCGUCUAUAUUGUGUUUUUUGUAAGCAAAGUGUGGUUGCCUUUGUUGUUGGUGCAGUCGGGAUGGUGCAGUCAGGAUGGUGCCAUCCCAGAACGAGUGUCCGUUAUUCCGUGUAUUUAAAAUAUAUAUUUCCACUUAAACCGCA